GCACUCGACGCAACAUGGUUAACAUGAUGAAACAAGGUCGCUCCCUCAUUUCCUGCUCGGCUGUCGGCGUGCUGCUCGUUGCGUUGAUGACAACGCUGCAUGCACCGACAGUGGAUGGUGCCAACAUCUUGGGCGUGUUUACAAGUCACAGUCCAUCGCAUCUUAUUAUUCACAUGUCUGUGAUGAAGGCACUGGCCGAGGAGGGACACAAUGUGACGGUGGUAUCUUCAAUGCCAGCAAAGGUCACCCACAAAAGCAUCAAACACAUUCUGAUACCUCUAAGCGAAAGUGAAGAGAAGACGCUUAAUGAUGGCAUGGCCGUUAUGGCCAAGGAGAAACCAUCGAUGUUCACCACCUUGAAGACAAUGUUCGGUUCGCUUAGUAUGCUUAUCAAUAAGCAGGUGGAUGUCCUGGAAGAUGAAAGUUUCACUGAGCUAUACAAAAAUAAGGGCAACAAAUUCGAUGCUGUAUUUGUGGGCUUCUUUUUCAACAUGUACCAGGUUGGUCUGGGUGCCAAAUUCAACUGCCCCCUCAUUGUGAGCUGGUCUGGGCCACCAAUGGAGCAAAUUGAUAAUGUGAUUGGCAAUCCAAUUCUAACUUCAUCGGUGCCCACUAUGAAUGUUGCUGUCACGCCUGGUCAGCCUAUGAACUUCAAACAGCGUUUGACCAACUUAUUGUCCACACUUGGUUUCCGUGUCUUUGCAACGUUCCUCGAGUACAAAAAUUCCGGAUUCUACACUCGUCUAUUCGGAAACGAUCCAACGAUGCCUAGCUAUGCGGAUGCCAGGAAGAACGUGUCUUUGAUAUUCUGCAAUAGUCAUGGCAUCAGCGAAGGUCCCAUUAGACCAAAUGUGCCCGGCGUUGUAGAGAUUGGUGGAAUUCAAAUUAAGGAAAAGCCAGAUGCUUUGCCACAAGAUAUUAAGGAAUUCCUAGACAAUUCCAAACAUGGUGCAAUACUCUUCAGUCUGGGCAGCAACCUUAAAGGCGACCACAUUAAGCAGUCGACCAUUCAGAAGAUUUUCAAGGUGUUGUCGGGCCUUAAGCAGAACGUUAUUUGGAAGUGGGAUGAUUUGAAGAAUACGCCCGGCAAGUCUGCCAACAUACUCUACAAAAAGUGGCUGCCCCAAGACGAUAUUCUUGCCCAUCCAAAGAUCAAGCUCUUCAUUACGCACGCUGGCAAAGGAGGCGUGGCGGAGGCACAGUAUCACGCAGUACCAAUGCUGGCAUUGCCCGUGUUUGCCGAUCAGCCUGGUAAUGCUGAAAAGCUAGUUCGGUCGGGUUACGGACUUCGUGUGGAUUUGCUUUCACUCGAACCAGCUGAGUUUAAGGCCGCCCUCGAGGAGGUGCUACAAAAUCCAAGCUUCGCUAAGAAACUGCAGCAGUUCUCCAAGCUCUAUCGCGACCGUCCCAUGACUGCGCGGGAAUCGGUUAUCUACUGGACAAACUACGUUCUGCGUCAUCAUGGUGCCGCCCAUAUGCAGAGUCCUGUGGUCAAAAUGAACGCCAUUGAGAGCAACAACCUGGAUCUCUAUGUGCUACUUGGGUUGGCUCUUGGCAUUGUUAUCGCCAUAAACAUUGCUCUGUUCAAGUGCGUUUGUCGGAAAUGCUUUGGUAAGCGCUGCGCUAAGAAGAAUGCGCAAAAAUCGAAAGUCAAGAAGAAUUAAAUUUAGUUGUUAAAUAUUUACGAAUAGCAAUAAAGACGAUGUAAAAUUAGUCAAUAAAUAAAUUUGUAUACGGA